AUGAGAUUCUUUCCCGUUCUCGCUGCCGCGCUCGCUGUCGCUCCUGGGGUUUUCGCUGUCGAACAGAAGAAGUCUGCCAUAGUCUGGUUCGAGGACGAGUCCACACCCGAUUCCAUCGUCGAAGAGUGUAAAGACGCCCUCAAGAAGGCUGGUGGAAAGAUCACGCAUGUCUAUUCAAUCAUCAAGGGCUUCUCCGUUAUCGCUCCUGAAAAGGCGCUCGAGAUCGUGCAGGUCAAUCACGAGGAGCAUCAAAUCCGUGUCGAGAAGGACGAAGUUGUGACGACGGACUAG